AUCCACCAUUUCUAGGAAACUAAACUUCUAUAUGCAUCUAUAAAUUGUGAAGUGCAUCGAUCCAUCCAUACACACAACAAAGAAGAAAAAGUAAACAAAGGGAGAUAUGGAGGUGUUGCAAGCUAAGCUAUUCGAAGCUGCGACACAAAAUUCCAUUACUUCACUGCACCACCUACUCAUAGAUGAUCCAUUGAUUCUCGACAGAGCUCUCGUUAACUGUUUCAACGAGACUCCUCUGCACGUCGCGGCCAUGUUAGGCCACGACGAUUUCGUGCAGGAAAUCGUGGGGUUAAAACCAGAGCUCGUAAACGAGCUGAGUUCGCAACUAUCAUCUCCUCUGCAUCUGGCAGCGGCUAAGGGCCAUCUCGGUGUAGUGAAGGCCCUCCUACGUGUCGAUAGUCAGGCGUGCUUGGGCCGGGAUAGAAACGACCUGCUGCCGUUGCAUUUAGCAGCAGCGAAAGGCCGGGUUGAGGCCGUGAAGCUGCUGCUCGAAGCUCGACCGGAUACAGUCAGGCUUCCAGCGUGCGGAGGAGAGAGCAUCUUGCAUUUGUGUGUCAAAAGCUACCAGUUGGAGGCUCUAAGGCUGAUUCUGAAGAGUGUGAUAAGUGUGAUGAGCAAUAUUGAUGAGUUCAUCAACUCUACAGAUAGUGAUGGAAACACUGUCUUGCAUUUGGCUGUUGCAGACAAGCAAGUUGAGACAAUCAAAUUCUUGCUAAGUGUGGGUGCACUAGAAGUGAAUGCACAAAACCAUGAGGGUUUAACAGCGCUUGAAGUUCUGAUUCGAAGCAGAAGAGAUGUGAGGGACUCACAAAUCGAAAAGCUCCUAAAAAAUGAGCAGCCACUACAAAAGAAUCAGAAGAGCAACAGCUGGGAGAGCUUGAUGGAGAAGCAUGGUGGUUGGCUCGACAGAAAGAAAAGCACAUUAAUGGUGGUGGCUUCACUGAUCGCCACCAUGGCUUUUCAAAUCGGAGUCAACCCCCCCGGAGGCGCCUGGCAAAACGACUCUCCUCCGGGCAACCUCGAGACAUACAUGGCGGGCGAGAGUGUUCUUAUGACUACAUUCCCUCAAUGUUACGUGAGGUUUUACAUUAUCAAUACGACGGCGUUUAUAGCGUCCCUGAGUAUCAUAUUGCUUCUCAUGAGUGGGUUGCCCAUGAGGCGGAGGCUCUUCGUGUGGAUCCUGAUGGUCAUCACAUGGAUCGCCAUUACGGCCAUCGCGCUAACCUAUUUGAUCGCCAUACGUUUAAUGACACCCUCUUACUUUGAGAAUACGCCGGUAUUCAAGGCGGUUGUGGCCACCAUCUUUGUCUGGAUCGGCUUGAUGGCGCUCCUCCUUGUUGCCCACACUAUUCGUAUGAUAAAGAAGUUCGUUACAAAGGCUAGAGAAAGAGGGAUGAUCGGGCCUACAAGUUCAGCUGCAGGCCCUUGAGACAAUUGCAAAAAAUUCGUGUAAAUAGCAUUGUUACACGAAUUUUGAGGCCCCCAAUAUGUUAUAAAUAGCAUUGUUACAUGAAUUUUGAGGGCAUAAUAUGUUAUAAAUAUAGUUAUUAUUUUCAAAAUUUUAUCUACAUGAAUAAAAUUUCAUUUUGCUAUA